UUUUCAAAAUUUUCUAUUAUGAGGCAGCAACUGCUGGACGAGGAGUUCGAAAGUCUGCGCCGCAUUGCGUUGGCCAUUUGUGAGAACCUCGGAAGGCCAAAAGAUCGCGAGAUAUGUAAGAGCACCCUCGAAGAGCUGGCCAAGUUUAAUCAGUCCUCCACCUCGAUGAGGAUUAAGGAGAAUGUGCACACAUUCCUGAUGUUCUACCUAAAAGUGCUUAGAUGGACCCAAAGGAAUCAGCCUCUGGACUUGUAUCGACAAUGGUAUGGACCAAACUUUGAUAACGAUUCUCGGUCUGUCUCAACGGGUGGUUCUUCUGGGCCCGAAAUGCGCAUUUGGUUGGAGGAGGGAAAGUCCUUUUAUGCCAUGAAAACCUUUGAAGAUGGCUCCACUGUCGUUUUCACAGCUGUGGCUAAAGAUUCGAGAGCUGGUUGGUCAGAAAAUGGUCUGAAAACGCUUAUGGAAGCACAAAUCGGUUGCGCUUUAAAUCAAGAAAGUAAAUAAAUAAUUUUAUAUACUUAA